CCAUUACAAGUCAGUUUGUGUCUUUCAAUCUUUGUGAUUUUUAAUCAAAACAUUCGAGGGGAAUAGGUUUUUUUUUCCGAUUAGUUUAAUUUUGAGCAUUCAUUAUAUUCACAAUAUUUUUAAAAUCUCAAUUUAAAUCAACACUCAAGUGUGUAACAAAUCUUCAAAAUGGUAAGUGAACGUCGUAUAUAUAUUUUGCUUUAACUUUUUAGUGUUAUGUUUUAGUUAUAUGCACAUUUUCAAUUUAAUUUACUUUAACAAAAUUAAGCAGUUUGUUUUAACUUUUGAUUAAGAUUUGCUAAUUUUAUUAUAAUGCAUAAAAACUACAAUUUUUAGGUUUUAGUUUUAUCUGUUUAGAUUUAAAAAAUAUUACUAAUUAGCCGAUCAAAUUUGAGUAAAUAAUGUACCUAAUUUAAGUAAAAUAUUUUGAUUUUUAAAUAAAUACGUAUUGAAUUGAUAUUGUGUAUUUAAUAUUAUAAAUAAUCUAUCUAGAGGUCCAUAGCUAUAAAAUUGUAAUAACUAAUUAAAUAUGUUUAAGAUAGGUUUAUAUAUUAUUAAACUUAUAUUUUUAGUUCAUGGAUGUGGAUCAAAAUAGUAGUUCAAGGGGAGAUGGUUUUAAAUCAUACUAUACAACCAAAAUAGAAGAGUUGUUAUUGGUUGUAGCAGAAAAAAGUAUGAAUCUCAGGCGUUUACAAGCUCAGAGAAAUGAGCUUAAUGCUAAAGGUAGACUUGUAUAAUUUUAUAAUUCAAUGUAAUCAUUGAUUUAACCAUUGAUCAGUUUGUAUGAAAAAUAUAUCUUUGCUUACAGUGAGAUUGUUACGAGAAGAAUUGCAAUUACUACAAGAGCAAGGUUCAUAUGUCGGUGAAGUAGUGAAGCCAAUGGAUAAAAAGAAGGUGCUUGUUAAAGUUCACCCAGAAGGAAAAUUUGUUGUAGAUAUAGAUAAGAACAUUGAUAUCAACGACGUGACACCAAAUUGUCGUGUAGCAUUGCGUAAUGAAAGUUAUACAUUACACAAAAUUUUGCCCAAUAAGGUCUGAUAAUAAAAACUUAAAUUUGGCUAUCCGUAUAUAUUAUUUAUUUUUUGUAUGUAAAUACAGGUGGAUCCUUUAGUUUCUCUUAUGAUGGUAGAAAAAGUUCCAGAUUCCACUUAUGAAAUGGUUGGUGGUUUAGAUACCCAAAUCAAAGAAAUUAAAGAGGUCAUUGAGUUGCCAGUAAAACAUCCCGAAUUGUUCGAUGCCCUUGGUAUUGCUCAACCGAAAGGUGUACUAUUGUAUGGACCACCUGGAACUGGUAAGUAUAAUCUAUUGUUUAAUUAAACUAUUGUUUAUUUGUUUUUCUCUUUAAAUAGGUAAAACUUUAUUGGCUAGAGCUGUGGCUCACCAUACAGAGUGCACAUUUAUUAGAGUUUCUGGUUCUGAACUUGUACAAAAGUUUAUUGGUGAGGGUUCGAGAAUGGUUAGAGAACUUUUCGUAAUGGCUAGGUAUAAUAUUCUUAUUUUUAUUUUGUAUUAUAUUAUUUACUAAAUAAAUUUAAUUGAUGUAUAACUAUAGAGAGCAUGCGCCAAGCAUCAUUUUCAUGGACGAAAUUGACUCUAUUGGAUCAUCACGUAUUGAAUCUGGUAGUGGUGGAGAUUCUGAAGUACAAAGAACUAUGUUGGAAUUGCUCAACCAGCUCGACGGUUUCGAAGCAACUAAGAACAUAAAGGUUCAAUUAAUUGCCAACGAACCUAAUCAUAUAUAAUUAAUAUUUUUUAUGCUUUAAUUUAGGUUAUUAUGGCAACUAAUCGUAUCGAUAUUUUGGAUACCGCAUUAUUACGACCUGGACGUAUUGAUCGUAAAAUUGAAUUCCCACCUCCAAAUGAAGAGGCUCGUUGGGAUAUUUUGCGUAUACAUUCAAGAAAAAUGAACCUUACUAGAGGUAUAAAUCUUAAAAAAAUCGCUGAACUUAUGCCAGGUGCUUCUGGAGCUGAAGUGAAGGUACACAAUUGCAUAACUGUAUAAAUAUUGUUUUAUGUUGACUGUUUUAAAAUAUUCAAUUUUUGUUAAAUCAUAGGGUGUAUGCACAGAAGCUGGAAUGUAUGCAUUGCGUGAAAGACGUGUGCACGUUACACAAGAUGAUUUUGAAAUGGCCGUUGCUAAAGUUAUGCAAAAAGACUCUGAAAAGAAUAUGUCCAUCAAAAAACUUUGGAAAUAAAUGUCAAACUAUAUUCCUUGCCGAUAUUUUGUUCUUCUUUUUAAAUUCAGUAAAAUUAGGUUUUCAUUUUUUUUUUUAAAUAAAUUAAACAUAGUUUAAAAAAUAAUAUCUGACUUUUUUCAGUAAUAAAUUAAAUAUGUUUUAAGACAUACCUUAUAAUCAUAUUAUAUAUAUAUAUUUGUUUUUUUUUAUAAGCUUAAUUUCUGAAUAAAACUUUGAAAAAUUAUAAAUCAUAAUUAUUUGACAAACUCUUAUUAAUUAAAAAAUAUAUAUUAAAAUCAAUUGUUUAUUAUAUUUGAUAUUGAAUUAUAGAUACUAUUUCUAG